GAAAUCCCCUCAUUGGCCCAGAAGGCCAUAUAAACCCGCAACCCACCAGAAGCCCGAAUCCACGAAAACCACCCACGUGGCCGUUCUCUAUGAUACAUCCAGAAAACAUGAAAAUUAAAAGUUACCGCUAAAAAAAACAAAAAAAAAACUUGUCGGUCUUUCCACCGCCGUUAAAAAAAUUUGCGCCACCGCGCAUCACCACCCAUCCUCCUCCCUGGCAAAUCCACACCCUUCUUCUUCUUCUUCUUCUACGUGUUAAUACCCCCAAAAAUCCCAUCACAUUUUAUUCCCCCGGAAUAAACGAAUUCGAUUCUGUCGCCCAGUUGGGUACCAAAAAAUUCGAAUCUUUCCGGAAAAAAAAAAGGAAAAAAAGAAAAUCCCAUCUCAUAUUACAGAGUUUUCGGGGUGGGUUGGGAAUCAAAUAGAAUUAUAAUAUAUGUUGAUUUGACAGAGGUUAAUGUCUCAAGCAGCAUAUGCUUGUUGUUAUUGUUAUCCAAUUAUAGCUCCAAUUGUAGAGGAAGGAAUUGGUUGUUCUUCUUGUGCUGCUGGGAUAGUUGGAAGGGUAUCUGAUACGUUUUGUUGUAAAUCUGUAUCUGUUGUUGGGUUGCCUUAUAAUUCAACAUCAAAAUGUGUAUUUAAGCUGAAGAUGCGAAUUCCAAAGCGUCCCGUUUCCUUCUGCCUUUCUCUAUUCUCCCCUGCCUCGCAUCAUAACCUCCUCCAUCAUCAUCAUCAUCAUCUUCAUCUUCAUCGUCCCUUUUCGAUUUCGUCUUGUACUUCUUCGCCCCUUUUGAGAGUUUUCAACAUCCAUUCCAGAGUUGUGGCUGCAAGUGUUUCUGAUCAUUCUCCCUACAGAAGAAAGUUGGUCCUUCCCAAAGGUUGGUUUUCAUUUGUUGUCUCUCUGUUGUUCAUUAUUUUUUUUUUCCUUACACUUCCAUGAUUCACGGGACAUGGUUUCUUUUAUUUUGAAUGGUAUUGAGCAAAAUUUAUAAUUCAUUUGUUUUGCUAUUUAAUCAUAUGUUCAUGCAUGCUUGGUUGUUUGAAACUUUCUUUUGUUCAUUAACGGUUGACCCUUUUACGUUAUCGAGAAGAAAUUUAUUUUUGUUUCAUUGUGUUGUGGGUUUUAAUGAUGCUUUCUGUUCAUAUAUAGACAUGGAUUUUUUUUCUUCUUUUUUUUUGUCUUUCAUUUUUUCUGUUGGCUAUUUAAAUCUGCUAUAGGAAUUUGUUAUCUGCUUAUGGAUUACGCAUCUCUGGAAGGAACAAUCAACCUUUAUAUGCUUAUUGGAAACUGAAUAUAACUAUUUAUUAUGACCCCAGAGAUGCCAUGUCGGGGAGUUGGUUGCAACUUGCAAGUUUUGGUUAAUUGAUCCUUUGAUGAAGUUGUAAAUUCUAAAUUUGAGAAAUACUUUAAGGUUUGAUUAAAGCAUUAUGAAUUUGGGUCGAAGACUGAACUUGGUAAUUUUCUUUGCUGGGUCAAAGUUGUUUUUGCAAUAAAAUGCAUAGCCUUAUUACAAUUAAUUCAAGAUCAUUGCAAUUUCGGGGUGGUCAAACUUCAUUAAAUUUGCUUUAAAGUCUUUCUCAGAAUUGGAAUCUCCACAUGUCAUCAAGGGAGAAAAUUGUUUAUGUCCUUUUUGCAUCAUCUUUAUGUGAUGGAGAAUGGAGAGAUAGGGGCUGCUGAUCUUUGAAUUCUAGGGAUGCCCAUAAUCUGAAUGAGCAUGAUCUCAGUUAGUGGAUUGUCUAAGAGUGGAGGUUUUGUUUGUGAGGAUUCAUUAAGGGUGCAUAUUUACUUUGGUGAAAUAUAGGUGUCUCGUGGAGCAUAUCUCGGAGUGUAGCCUUACAAGUUGGAACAUAACUCAGUGCCUCAUUGUUCAUGUAAAAUGAUGACUGAAGCAGGUAAUAAGCAGUUACAUACUGGCAACAAUACAAUGGAUGGGAGUGGUACAGAUGGAAAAAAUUUGCACAAUGAGAGAAGAGAUAUCAUAGAUGGUGGUCAGGAUCAUCAUAUAUGGUCAUCUCCUGAAGGGGGGCAUAAAAUUGACAUAGGAAAACAAAUAUUCUGCAAUAGAUCUUUAAACAUGAGGAACAUCGUUGCUGUUGGAUUCGAUAUGGAUUACACAUUGGCACAAUACAAAUCGGAGACAUUUGAAUCUCUGGCUUAUGAAGGCACAGUCAGGAAGCUAGUGUAUGAUCUGGGGUACCCUCCAGAGCUGUUGGGAUGGACAUUCGAUUGGAACUAUAUGGUGAGAGGUUUAGUUCUUGACAAAAGAAGAGGCAAUAUCUUGAAGAUGGAUAGGCACAAAUAUGUCAAAGUAGCUUACCAUGGAUUUAGGGAGAUGUCAAAGGAGGAUAAAGUUGCCACAUACGGUAGUACUUUGAUUCGAGAAGCAUUUGACGAGCCAGAUUACGCUCUCAUUGAUACUCUAUUUUCGCUAGCAGAAGCUUAUCUGUUUGCUCAACUUGUGGACUUUAAGGAUAAUAAUCCCGGGAAGGUUCCAGAUGGCGCAGAUUACUCACGUAUGUACAAAGAUGUCCGAGCUGCAGUUGACCUUUGCCAUCGUGAUGGAACCCUGAAACAGAUGGUGGCUAAAGAUCCAAGAAGGUACAUCAAUGAGGAUCCUGCAAUUGUUCCGAUGCUGAAAAUGCUUAGAGAGUCGGGCCGUGCAACAUUUUUGGUGACUAACAGCCUCUGGGACUAUACCAACGUUGUGAUGAACUUCCUUUGUCGACCCAGAAGUGAGGAUGAUUGUUCAGCUCUGAGUUUCGAUUGGCUUAAGUACUUUGAUGUUGUCAUCACUGGCAGCGCAAAGCCAGGGUUUUUUCAUGAUGAAAUUCGUGCGAACCUUUUUGAGGUUGAUAUUGAGUCUGGGAUGCUUCUUAAUACCGAUAAUGGAACACCUAUGGCUCAGGUUGGCAGUACUGAUAUAAGGCUACCACCAACGAAAUCCAACAAGGAUUGCAGAGUUUUCCAGGGAGGAAAUGUUGGCCACCUGCAUAAAUUGUUAUCAAUUGAAUCAAGCUCACAGGUGCUUUACGUUGGUGAUCACAUCUAUGGGGACAUUCUGCGUAGUAAAAAGGUUCUAGGUUGGAGAACAAUGCUUGUUGUUCCUGAGCUAGAAAAAGAAGUUGAACUCCUCUGGGAAAUAAGGGGCAUCCGCAAGCAACUUCAGUUAUUAAGGAGUGAGCGUGACCACAUUGAAGACAAGAUACAUCAUCUGAAGUGGUCUCUCAAGUUUAAAGGUGGGGACAUCAACAAGGAAGAGUUGUCAUCUGAGCUUGAAAAACUGCAGACUGAGAGGGAACAAGUCCGUUUGAGCCAUCAACAGGCACAAAGGGAGUGUCAUCAAUUGUUCCAUAAAGUCUGGGGACAAUUAAUGAAAACUGGCUAUCAGAAUUCCCGAUUUGCACAUCAGGUGAGCUUAGCAUUCAUGGCAUACGGCAUAAAAAUAGUUAAACUGUUUACGUCACAGUAUCACUCACUUAAGAGUAUCUUUAUUAGGUGGAGAGAUUUGCUUGCCUCUAUACAAGCCAAGUGACAAAUCUGAGCCUAUAUUCACCAGACAAAUACUACAGGCCAAGCGAAGAUUUCAUGCCCCAUGAAAUUGAUAUCCUUUCUUUGUAAGAAAAAGAAAAAGAAAAGCACAGUCAUAGCAAUCUGAAUUAGAUUGGCAAUCGUUCUUGUAGGAAGCAUGACUGCAUGUAGCACUUAGCUGAUAACUUGAAGGCAUGUUGCCGAGUUUUCCCCAGUAAUGUGUACUCUUUCCUGUUUGUGGUUUGAGGAAUUCUGUAUAUAUAACAAGAUAGCUAAUUAGUUGCAUAGUGCCGUCUAUAACUGCCUACCUGUGAUAGAUUGCCUCAAGCCUACCUGUUUUGGUUUUCUUCAUUUGGGAUGGAGCCAUGUAUUUUAUGGAUUGAUAGGUGUUGUCAGAAAUUUCGUUGUUCCCAGGCACUUCUAACCAAAUUGCCUAUUUGCAUGCAUGACUUGUCCACUAUAGUCACAGCUCAUGUUUCUCAUCUAUGAUCUGAGACUGGUAAUUGGUCAACAAUCUUUGAAACAAGUUCUUUCCUAUGUGUCGUGUGAACUGAACUGCAUAUGCUGAGCUUACCGGCGACAGGCCGAGAGUAAGAUCUUUCUGAAGCAAUGCACACCACAAGCACAAGUUGCCGACAAUUUGGGGCCUUUUUUGCCUGCAAACAGGAACAGAUGAACAUUGUCUAGCAUAAAAGUGUUGGCUCAUCCAAGAUGCUUGAAUUUGGGAUUCUCUUUGAUACCCCCCAAAAAGAGAAGAAUUCUCUUUAAUGGACCUGUUAUCAAGUAUCAACUAUUGCACACUGUUUUCGUUGGUGAGAAGCAAAUGAUCCGCAAUUGUGAAGAAAUUUAUGCGCCAUAACAAAUUAUUUUCAAUGAUUCCCUAACAAGAGAUGCCACAAUGGAACAAGGAAUGCAGAUUAACC